GAAAGGUCUAUCGUAUGAAAAUCCUAUGUAUAGACAUUGUUUCCAUAAUUUCCAUGUACAUUGUUCCAUGUAAUUUCAAAAUUUGGCUUAUUUGGUUAUUAUAACCAACUUUAUUCUAACAAAACUUCAUACACCGCCAGUGAUUACAGACAGAGGUAAACCAAAUCCGUAUAGGUAAACAAACCUCACGGCGGGAAAUUUCUGCAGAACAUCUAUCGGCCGUAGGUUACUUGAUGUAAUUGUUCUGUUAUUAAUGCAAUGUUAAUGAAUUUAUGGAAUUGAGCAGUGAAUAUAUCAUCGAUCGGAUUCUUACUAUCUGUGAAUCCGGUCAAGAUAUUGUUGCUGAAAUAGAAGGAAAUACAGAGGAAUCAGACGAGUUAUAUUCAUCGGCCAAGACAAGAAUUUUUGCAACACUGUCAAAGUUAGAAGAUGGUUUUUCAGAGUUGAGGAAGAUAUUUGAUGGAACAUGUUCAAAAUCUAUUUGUGAUAACGAAAAAGACAAUCCAAACGAUGCCUGCAUUAUUGUUGACACAAGUUCUGAAUCGUAUGAACUGAGUAAUAAAUCUGCUGAACCUGAAAUUAGUGAUGUUACCAGCACAUCAGAUGAAACACUGGUUUAUAAUAAAAAAUGGAUAUUCAAAAACAAUGGAAAUAAGUCGUCAUUGUCCAAUUCAUCAGAAAGCAAUAAGACAAUUUCUUCCGAAGCAGCUGGAAAGGACAAUAUAUCAAAUUCUGAAGUUUCAUCUGGAAAGCCGAAAAAAAAUUUUGCCAUUGAAGAUGACAUUGAUUUUCUGAUUGAAGAAGAAGAACAAGCUGAAUAUGAAAAGCAAUUCAACAAUUGUGCUAUUUUCCCUAAUGAUGAUUCCAUAAUAGAACCGAAAAGCAAUACCAAUGUUUCAAAGAUUACAAGUCAUGAAGAUGAGGAUUUGUUUGAAGAUGACGACUUGGAUCUAGCUGAAAUUGAGAAAAUAGAGAGUUUAGUGUCAUCUGGUGAAGCAGCCAAUAAUAUUGAAAACAAGAAGUAUGAUAUUCCUCUGAGUGAAAAGGGUUAUGAUUAUCAAAAUAAGAACUUCCAUGAUCAAGGCUCAAAAAUAGAUGCAAUGGGAAAUAUAAAUGCAGCAUUGAAUGAGGGCAGAGAUCAAUGUGUUGUUAUGGCAACAGGCUAUGGCAAAAGUUUGUGUUAUCAAUUCCACCGGUUAUACUUAAGUAGUACAGCAGUAUGUAUAUCACCUCUGAUAUCGCUGAUGGAAGAUCAAGUUUUAAAAUUGGAAACUAAUAAUAUUCCCGCUUGUUUUCUUGGUUCUGCACAGGAGAAUACUGCAGAAGUUUAUAGUGCAAUGAUGAGAGGAAAAUACAGAGUUGUUUACAUAACUCCUGAGUAUGCUGCUGUUGCAUCAUCUAAUUUGAGGGAAUUGAGCGAGAGAGUCGGAAUUUCACUCAUUGCAAUUGAUGAAGCUCACUGUGUAUCACAAUGGGGUCAUGAUUUCAGAGAUUCUUACAGAAAACUCGGGCAAUUGAAGCAAUUACUUCCAAAUGUUCCUAUAUUGGCUGUUACUGCAACUGCUACUCCGGAGGUUCGGAAAGAUAUUUGUGCAUCUUUGAAACUUAAGAAUCCAGUAAUCACUUUGACAAGUUUUGAUCGAGUCAAUCUCUAUCUUGAUGUUUACAACAAAACGAGUGACCCAGCUUCUGAUCUACGUUCUCUUAUGAUACAAAAAUCAGUUAGAGGUGCCAUCAGAUAUGAAUUUGAUGGCCCAACAAUCAUAUAUUGCCCUACUAAGAAAGAAACUGCCCGAAUUGGCUCUGUGGUUAAAUCACUUGGGGUGAGGUCAGCAAUCUACCAUGCAGGUAUGUCAAUGGACAGAAGAAAACAAGCUCAUCAUAGGUUCAUGAGGGAUGAGUUACAGUGUAUUAUUGCUACUGUAGCAUUCGGUAUGGGAAUAGAUAAACCAGAUGUAAGGAGAAUUAUACAUUAUGGAGCUCCUAAGGAUAUCGAAAGUUAUUAUCAGGAGAUAGGUCGAGCAGGAAGAGAUGGAUUACCAUCAAGUUGUCAUACAUUUUUUACAUCUGGUGAUUUUAACACAAACAGAUUUUUUCUGCGGGAUAUAUCAAAUCCCAAAUUUCGGGAUCACAAGGCAGCAAUGAUUUUAAAAAUGGAGAAUUAUCUGGCAACAGUUGGAUGUCGACGAAAAUCAGUUUUAUCUCAUUUUGAUAAAAGAGCUCAAAGUAGUAUUGCUGGAACAGAAAAAUGCUGUGACAAUUGCAAAAGAAGAAUAGAGAAUCAGAAAAAAAGUGGUGGAACUGUUUGUUAUGACAUCACAGAGGGCUGUGAGGAAAAAAAUUUUGGGGAUGAAGCAAAACAAAUGUUCGAGGCAAUCAAAAUUACUGGGGAGAGAUUUGGACUUGGAAUGCCAACUUCAUUUUUGUCUGGAUCAAAAAGCAAGAAAAUGUUCGAUAGGUUUUUGCGACAUGCUCAAUUUGGAAUGGGUUCUAAUCAUACACAGAAAUGGUGGAAAGCAUUGGGGAAGGCUUUAUUAAAUGCUGGGUAUUUGAAAGAAAAACAAAUGAAGAAGGGAUCUUUUGGUUCACUCGUUGAAAUCAGUUUAAAGGGAUCACAAUGGAUUAAGAAAAGAACUUUUUCACCGGAUUUAAAAUUAAUGUUGGCACCCACUGUUGAUUUGAUGGAAAAACAACCAAGAACAUCACACGCUACUCCUGUUACUAAUCAACAAGUUGAUCAAUCUGCUGAGAUUUUACCUUCAACACCAUACACAGAAAUUACGAGAGAACAACUGGACAAACUCACUCUAGGUCCCUAUAUCAUGGAUGCCAGUGUGAAAAAAAUAACAUCAACUCAAAACAAAAAGACUGGAGAGAAUGAUGAACAUAGUGGACCAUUAUAUAGUUUGUUACUUUCGUUGAGAAAUAAUAUUGCACAUGAUAUGGACAUUCCACCUCAUCUUGUAGCCAACAACAAAGAUCUUCUUGAACUUGCAAAAGUACGACCAAAAGAUAAAGAUAUGUUGUUAUUAGUUGAUGGAAUGUCUGUAGUUAAAGUUAAAAGAUUGGGAGAGCAAGUUGUAGCAGUUAUUCAAUCAUUUUGUGAAGAACAUCAAGCUUCAUUUAAUAAUUUUCCUGAAGAAGACAGCGAUCUGGCUUCAUCACAAAUAUCUAUUGAUAAAAGAGUCAAGAAUGAAACAGGAGUUCCCACAAAAUCAAUGUCUGAUACUGUCAAAAUCACUUAUAAUUUGUUUCAUGACAGAGGAAUGGCAUUGGAGGAAAUAUCUAAAGAGAGGGGAUUGCAAUUAUCAACGUUAGGAAGUCAUCUUGCUGAUGCUUUACUUGCUGGUCACCCCGUUAAUUUUCAACGUCUUGGAAUCAGUAAAGAACUGAUAAAUAAUGUUGAAGAAGGAAUACGAAAACCACCACUCAAUUCUGAUAUUAGUCGAGUCUAUCCAAUCAAGGAUCAAGUCACAAUGCCAAUUGAAUGGAUGCAAAUCAAAAUAGUUCGAGCAUUUUUGAUGAUCAAGUAUGGAAUGACAUCUUAUGGAAUAUCAGGAAGCAUUUCAAAGAAUAAUUCUUCUAAAGGACCUUCACAAACUAUCGCUAAUCUGAAGCAAUUUCAAGCAACAAAAGUAUGCAGACCACACACACAACUUACUUUGAAAACAGACGGUGGAGGGUCAAAGCUCGGUUUAAUAUCAUUAUCAGGGGGCGAAGAAUUAGCCAGAAGAAAGGCUGUAACAACAUCAAGACAUUUUUUGACUCCUAAUUCAACUAAUCUUUCACCUUCAUCUCCUGGUGGAUUUGCUGACUACGACGACGAUGAUAAAUCAACUUCAUAUUCUAAGAAGGGAUCAACAAAAAGAAAAGUUCCAUCCUGGGGUCGAGGACGUGGCUCAAAAUUCAACUUUAAACGAAGAAAAACAAAUAAAAUGUUCUGAUUAAAGCACAAAAUUGUAUAUUGCUCAACUUGUGGAUGCAAAUGAUCGAUGAGGAUGUGAAUGUAGUUCGCAAUAUUUCAUUUAUGUGUUUUUGAGUGAGGGAGUGGUUGGGGCUGUAGAGUCUGGGUAAAUAUAACUCAUACCCCGAGUUCUUUUAAAAUCAACUCCCAAC